AUGAUAUACUCCAAAUCUUCAGAUGCAGCCAUUGAGGUGCUAGAAGCUUCAGAUGCUGCUGAGAAACACACUGGUGCUAAAUUAGAGAAUCACGUGAUUCUUGAUGAUGAUGAAGUUGGAGGUCUUAACUUAAAUCUUGGAGGUCAAGUGUACCCUAUAACAGAAGACGAUUUGGAAAUAUGGGAAGGGAAGAGUGGCAGAAGACGAUUUUGUCAGCAAUGCAGUAGAGGAAUAUUUGCAGGGAACAUAUUUGAUAUGGGUUCUGCACAGGCUAUAACUGGGCCAUUAGCAGUCAAUAGUCUACUUAAUGAGUCAAUGAAAUCUCAUUCUUUAAAAUUGCCUCUAACAUUGUCAUUCCAGCACGUGUUCAGGAGAUGGAUGCCUUGCAGUCAAAUACAAAUCACUAAUUGCAAGCUAAACUUAGAGAACGCAAUGAACAAUACAAUCAACUUUGGGUUAGUUGCCAGAGACAGGUUGCUUUUCAGUCAAUGCAUGGAAUGGCAGCUUUCUUUUCACCUGGACAACUGGAGGACAUGUUGUUGCUGUUACUGGACCCUACUCUACAUGAGAGAGAGUAAACAGAAGCUUGAGGAUUUAUUACAGAAGUGGUCUGAAUGGCAUAAUCGACAUCAAUCUUCCUCUCAUGAUUCAAACGUUGAGGUGGAAUCUGGUGAAUGGACGUAUUUUCCAGCUCUUAAUGUUGGUCUACAUAAACCUUCUACACUGUCGUUUUGGAUGGAUGGGCAAACUAGUAAUUUACUGUUGCUAUUAUGA